AUGUCGGGUGCAAAGAUGCUGCUGUUCCUGCAGAGCCUUUCCCGUAGGAAACCUUUGGAGCCUGAGGGCGAAGUGUCCAACUUUCGGCGCUGCCUCACCACCCUUGACCUGGUGGCUCUUGGAGUCGGCAGCACCCUGGGGGCUGGUGUUUAUGUGCUCUCGGGAGAAGUGGCCAGGGCCGUUGCUGGUCCCAGUAUAGUCAUCUCUUUCCUGAUAGCAGCUGUGGCCUCCAUCUUUGCAGGAUUGUGUUAUGCUGAAUUUGGAGCACGAGUUCCUAAAACGGGAUCUGCUUAUCUCUACAGCUAUGUGACUGUAGGGGAGAUAUGGGCUUUCAUUGCUGGCUGGAACCUACUCCUUUCUUAUAUCAUUGGAACAUCAAGUGUAGCCAGGGCAUGGAGUGGGACCUUUGAUGAUCUCAUUGGAAAUGUUAUUUCCACCUCUCUUGGCAAAGGGGCCGCAAUAGAUUUACCAGGAUUCGCUCACUACCCAGAUUUCUUUGCGGCUGGCCUGAUAAUGCUCUUGGCAGGGAUUCUUGCAUUUGGAGUUAAAGAAUCCGCUCUGGUGAAUAAAGUGUUCACGGCUAUUAACAUCCUGGUGUUGCUCUUUGUUAUCCUUUCUGGUUUUCUCAAGGGUGACAUCAACAACUGGUACAUUGCUGAUGAUACUCUUCAAAUGGCAUAUGAAAACUACACAUUCCUAAAUAAAACAAGCCAGUGUGGGACUGGGGGAUUUUUCCCAUUUGGCUUUGAAGGAACAUUAGCUGGAGCAGCAACUUGUUUUUAUGCUUUUGUAGGAUUUGACUGCAUUGCAACAACAGGAGAGGAGGUCCAGAACCCUCAAAAGUCAAUCCCAUUAGGCAUAGUGGCAUCCCUUCUCAUCUGUUUCCUGGCUUACUUUGGUGUAUCUGCAGCCUUGACUCUGAUGAUGCCGUAUUAUUUGCUCAGUGUUAAUAGCCCGCUGCCUGUGGCUUUCACAUAUAUCGGUUGGGGCCCUGCAAAGUAUGCAGUGGCCGUUGGAUCCCUCUGUGCACUUUCAACAAGCCUGUUGGGAUCAAUGUUUCCGAUGCCCCGCGUUCUCUUUGCCAUGGCAAGAGAUGGACUUCUCUUCAAACCUCUUUGUAAAUUGAGCUCCAGACAAAGUCCGGUCAUUGCUACACUUGCAUCUGGAAUUGUAGCAGCUGUCAUGGCAUUAUUGUUUGACUUAAAGGCGCUGGUUGACAUGAUGUCGACUGGAACGCUCUUUGCCUACACACUUGUUGCCAUAUGUGUUCUUAUAUUAAGGUACCAACCUGAGCUCAGUGAAGAUUCAAGUUUAGGCAAGGCUGAGCCAUUCACAAUAGGAGGUGUGCUGUGUCCUCCCUCCCAAGCAACCCCACGGACAUCAAAGAAUAUUACCAUUUUAACUGUUGCCAUUGUUUUAGUAACUGUAGUCCUGAGCAUCUUGAUAUCUGAGGGAAUAGACUCCCUGCAGAGACUUCAGUGGUGGACUUUAAUUUGUGCCUCUGUGUUUGUGCUGAUACUCUUCAUUAUUAUACUGCUCAUGUGGAGACAGCCACGGAGUAUGGCCAAAGCUGCUUUCAUGGUUCCUUUUGUGCCUUGGCUCCCUGCUUUUAGCACUUUUGUGAAUGUCUAUCUCAUGGUUCAGCUUGAGUCAGACACCUGGAUUCGUUAUGCAGUUUGGAUGGCAGUAGGUUUAAUAAUCUACUUUUGUUAUGGAGCUCAGCACAGCGUGCAGAAAAAAAGGAUGGAGAACUCACAGAACAGCGUCAGUUUUGAAACAAUCACCACAACAAUGGAGUAAAGGUUUUCUAGUUAAAGGAAAUUCAAUGUAACUCCUUGAUGUAGCUCCAAGUAACUGUGUUAAUUUAGGAAACAUGCUGAUGAUAUGUGUGAAUGUUAUAAGGGUGUAUGUAAUUGUUUUUUUAGAAACCCUCUUUUAAAUAAAUUAUGUAAUUU